AUGAACCCGCUGCCCGCCGCUGCAUUGCCUCGUCCACAGAGCAGUGCUGGCAGUGUUGGCAAUACUGCUCCCACAAGUACAGCCGCCAGCCCCACCGGUGUCAAAGGGAAACGCAGCAGGAAGAGAGAGAGUUCGAGCGCGAGUGAGCAGGAUGAAUAUGAGGGCAGUUUUGGGGAUAAGAGGAGACAACCCGGAGUGAAGAGGGCGUGUAAUGAAUGCCGGCAGCAGAAGCUACGGUGCGACGUUGUUACGGAACCGUUGUACACGACAUGCACACGAUGUCAGCGCCUAAACCUGGAGUGCAAGAUCGAGUCCAACUUCAAAAGAGUAGGAAAGCGGAGCAAAAAUGCAGAGAUGGAGCGAGAAAUCGUGGAGUUGAGAAGGCAGCUAGGCCUCCAACAGACCUCACCACCUACGACUGGACCUACGAUCAAGGCUGCAUUGAGUACUUCUGUUAGCCCUACUAUAUCCCACCUACCUGCACAUCUGGAUCAGUAUAUGGGCUCCGAGGAGGCUGUGGCAUCUUUGAUGGACUUGAGAUCUGGACUUGAGGGUGGAUCCUUUUUAAGGAGUCCAAAUGCCCAGCUGCUGCUUACCAGACGGAUUGGGGAUAUUGUUCUUACCCACGACCAGGUGCAGGAAUUGUUCCAGUACUUCUUUACGUUCCACCAUCCUUUUAUACCCUUCCUCGAUCCAACAAGGCCCCCAGACGAAUACCACCAAUCAUCCCCUUUGCUAUUCUGGGUCAUCGUCAGCGUAGCGACUCGUCGAUACGACCUCUCUCUUCUGACGGCGUUGGCUGGUCCACUAUCUGAACUACUUUGGAAGACGCUUGCAGAAGUUCCCCAAAACUACAUUGUUGUGAAAGCAUUAUGUAUUCUCUGCACGUGGCCUCUACCAAUAAGCAGCACUUCUUCAGACCCGACAUUCAUGCUCUCCGGAUUGAUGAUGCAAAUCGCAAUGCAGAUUGGCCUGCACCGACCCUCUCAUGCCCAAGACUUUACCAAAUUCAAGGUUGAAUUGCGGGAAGAGGAGUUAAGGGAUCGUGUACGGACAUGGGCUACUUGCAAUGCUGUCGCACAGCGAGUCGCUACUGGCUACGGUCAACCUCCAACAACGUUCUUUGACUGGACGCUUGCUCCUUCAGGGGCACACGAACCUAGCUUUAGACUUUCUGAUGACGUCUAUGGACGAUUGUUGAUUGAAACGUUUAGCAACAAAGUUACAAAGGCGCUGUACAGCAAUCGUUUAGACCCUGUAGGGUUGGUCAGUGACAACGAGCGAUGGACGCAUACCACUUUCCUUGCUAGAGAUUACGAGGAUCUGGAGCAAAAGCUGCAGCUUCAUGGUUCUUUCUCUACAGUCUAUCUCCGCGCCGCCAACCUUCAUCUCCGUCUCUCAGCCUUCUUCGACUCCCCAUCCUCAAACGGUUACCACAUGGACCUCUUCGCCUUGUGGCGCUCGACGACCUUGUUCCUUGAAGCGGCCUUCAACGUCAACACAGCCGCGGGCAACGUACUCAUUUACUCUACCAAUUACAUCCUCCAAAUGAUUAUUGCCGGUGGCUUCUCGCUGUUGAAGCUAAUGAACAGCUUCUUCGCCAGUCACGUCGACAUCGAAUACGGCAGAAACUUAUUCAACCGCACCAUUCAAGCAAUCCGAUCCAUCAGUGUUUUCCCAAAUGAUCUGCCAAACAGAUUAGCUGAGGUCUUGGCACAGCUCUGGAGAAGCAGCGGAGCUGGCUCGAGACGAGCGGUCGCGACCAAUGACAGCACUGACAGCUCAUUGCAACUCAAAGUCAAAUGCCGUAUGAGCAUGAGCCUGGUUUUCGACUCCGUCUGGCGAUGGCGGGAGGAAUUCCAAGCCCAAGGUCGCGGUAACCUCGAAUCCGCGCUCAGAAACCCAACCAAUCCCGACUCCGCCGUCGAAUCCUCCGCCACCUCCCUCGCAGACAACGGUCUCGCCCCCUCAGCCCUGGUCGGCGGUACCCUCACCCCUUCGGAUGGCUUCGGUGGGGAAUCCAAUUACGAGGUCUUUGACCCCUUGAAUUGGAUGUUGGAUGGGCUUGUAGACCUUCCAUAUGACCUUCCAAUGGGCCCGGACUUGGAGGUUCAGGGCUUGACGUAG